UAACCGAACAAGACUAAUCACGAAAACGGUAUAGUUUUUCAACAAAUAACUCCCAAUGAUGCUCCUUUAUUAUUUACCUCUUCUUUUUGCCAUAGUAUCAACAGCUGAACUGACCACCCUCCUGAAAGGCCGGAAUUUGACCAGUCUGGAAGAACGUCUGUCAAAGACAGAACAACGACUGAACGCCACAGAGCGAGUCCUGGGGCAGCUACUGACAGGGAGAAGUGAUGUCGAUCUCUCAUCAUUGGAUGUACUUGUUCUCAGAUCUGGUACCCUGGUCGAUCAAUCAGACCCUGUCAUUUUUUCUGCAUACAAAUCCUCAUCUACAAGCGGUGUCAGUAUCCGGACAAUCAUAAGAUUGAUUCAUACGUACAUUAACAUCGGAAACCACUACCACACAGAAGACGGAAUCUUUAUUGCUCCUCAGACAGGCAUCUACAUGUUCCACUGGACCAUAGCUUCAGGAAGCAGUGACUUUUAUACCCAGCUAACCGUCAGAGGUACAUCUCGUGCGUCGAGUUAUGUCCCUCACCCAGGAGGAUCAGACUCCAGCUCUGCAAUGGUGAUUAUCAACGUGAACAAAGAGGACCAUGUCUGGAUACAGAUUUACGGAUCAGGUGAAUAUGUCUAUGGUGGUAGUAUCGGUGAAGGUAACAUCCAGUCGACCUUCACUGGAAUCCUCCUGAGAAAAACUUAGACUUACACGAUUACAUUAGGAAGAAAGUCAGCAAUCAUGUAUAUCUGCAAUAAAAUAUUUCAGCUGUCAAGGAACAUUUUAUAUUUCAAACAUUGAAAGCACUGACUCAUAAUUCACUCUGGAUAAUCUAAUUAGUUUUUGUGCAGCUUUAAAAAAUUGAUAAAACUAGCUAUUGAUGAUCGCUAUCUGAAGCUGUGAGCCAAACUCCCACCCAUUCACCCCAGUAUUGAUAUUUGCUAGAGAAAUUAGCCAGGUACAAAUUAGGUGCAUAAUACACAGGCACUUGUUUCUGUAAUAAAUUUUUGACCCAUACUAUAGGUCAAAAAAUUAUUACAGAAAUAAGUGCCUGUGGCAUAAUAUGAUUCGCUUUAUCUCUUUGAUACCAGUAACCUUGUAUUUUUUUUCUUGCUCCCAUUUGUACAAUAUCUAUGGAACUAAAAUUUGUAUGUAGUAAUAAAGCUACGGCGCCGCUGGAGGGCCACGUAAAAAUAUUUAUCAUUUCGUACAAAUUAGAAGUUCGUUCUUACAAAUCCAACUUACACCCAUACCUCCAUUUCUAAGGAGGAAAAUCUUCAAAAUCAUAUCUCUGUUUUUAGAUAUUUUUAAUAUUCCCAACAAUCAAAAUGAAUUUCAAUUACCAUACUGGAUUACUGGAUUUCUAAACUUCAUAAAAUACUUACAAACAAGGAUACAUAGCGGGUUCCAGUAAAUGUUCAAGGAAGCACUAGUUAAUGUUCAAGCAAGCAUCUUUCUUGACUAUUUACGAAAAUAUUUAUUGCAUGAAGAAGAAACUUCAUGAAUACUAAAUAUUU